UAGAGCUCCGGACCGUUUAAAUUAUCGUUUCCAAAAUCCUAAGCCAUUUUCGCUCUCGCUACGAGUUCCUCUCUUUGCUUUGGUUCAUUCAAUUCUUCUUCCGAUCAAAUUUCUACUCCUCGCAGAUUCUCUAAUGCGUUCAGUUUCGAUCGCUGCAUCCAGUUUCAUCUAUUUAUCUGUACUUCACCGCCGCUCGACGCCGACGCCGUCUUUGCGGCGGUGGAAAUUGAAUUUUUGUUAGUCGUUUUCAGAAAUUGUUGGAUGAGAUGGUAGAUUUUUCCACAUUGGAAUAAAAUAAUGGUCUGGAUAGCAUUCUUUGGAACAAGCCAUUGUCGGGUAGGAAUUGGGAUAUUAUGCAUUUGUCCCUCUAUGUCAAGGAGUUAUGGAAGGUGAUAAGACCAUCUCAACACCUUCGGACAAUCCUGAGGAGGCGGUUCGUGAUCAGAGGAUACGUGCUCUCCAUGGGAGAACUAGUGGCCCAACAAGACGUUCAACAAAAGGACAAUGGACACCUGAAGAGGAUGAAAUUUUGCGACAAGCAGUGGAUCAUUUCAAAGGCAAGAACUGGAAGAAAAUAGCUGGAUACUUCAAGGAUCGGACUGAUGUACAAUGUCUGCAUAGGUGGCAAAAGGUUUUAAAUCCCGAGCUUGUCAAAGGUCCAUGGUCUAAAGAGGAGGAUGAAAUUAUCAUUGACCUGGUAAACAAAUAUGGACCAAAAAAGUGGUCCACAAUUGCAACACAUUUACCCGGACGUAUUGGUAAGCAAUGCCGAGAAAGGUGGCACAAUCACCUCAAUCCUAAUAUAAACAAAGAAGCAUGGACCCAAGAAGAGGAGUUAGCUUUAAUUCGUGCUCAUCAAAUUUAUGGCAACAGAUGGGCAGAACUAACGAAGUUCUUACCUGGAAGGACAGACAAUGCCAUAAAAAACCAUUGGAACAGUUCUGUCAAAAAGAAAUUGGAUUCUUACUUGGCCUCCGGCUUGCUCUCACAAUUUCAAGAUCCAGUUCCCGCUGGACAACCAAACCAACUCCCAGUUUCAUCUUCAAAGGUGCUUGGUGGUAGAAAUGACAGUGGCUUGAAGGGAAUGGAUACAGAGGAGAUUUCAGAGUGCAGUCAAGAUGCAAAAGUUUCUGAUAGCUUGAUGAUCGAUUCAGCAUGUGCAACUCUGAAUAUAAGAAAGGAAUUUCAGUUAACCAAGGAUUUGGGAUUGGGAAAGGAGCAAAGUGCCAGCCCAGUAUCCAAUUCAGAACCCUACUACCGUCCAAUUGCUGAGUUUGCUCAAGAAAUGGGUCACUUGUCACAUUCGCAGCAAAAUCUCUCGCAUGAUUGUAGAACAACUUCAAAUAGGGAGCACCAGUGUGAUUUAAAUGAGUUUCCUAGCAUCUCUUCGUUACAGGUGGCCAAAGAAGCAUCACAGUUUCAAUCAAUGGAUCAUGGGAUGGGUGAAAGUCAUGGAAUUGGUGAUUCUGUUCAAACUUCUUUGACGGUAAAAGGAGCUGUGACUUCUGCCCAAGCAGAGUGCAUGUUUAUAUCUGAUGAUGAGUGUUGCAGGGUCCUGUUCUCAGAUACAAAGAGUGAUAGAGGCCAUCUGACUAGUAAUCUUAAAGGACCUUGCGUAACUGAAAUGUGUGAUUAUGAAGUACCGGUUCGCUCCUUGGGAACUCCAAAAGUGGAAAAUAACCAUACUUUGACUUCACAAAUAUAUAAUCAUCCGUCUGGAGCUGAUGUGCAGGAGAAAAAUUCCUUUGGUCAAUCCGGCAUGCUGAUUCCAUCUAUGGUUUCUGUCAACGGUGACAUGAUUUUAUUAGGCGAUACUGGAUCCAACCUAUUUGUAGGAGCCGUAGAGCACGAAUGUGUAACUAGCCAGCAAAAUAGGUUUGUUUAUAAAGAUGGAACGUCCAAGCCUUCCUAUUUUGAUGUUGCAGAUAACCCAGAAAUGCAAGAACAGCCUGGUGGAUCAGAAGACCUGCCGAAACCAAUUUGUGAGAAUACAUUUGCAACAGCAGCAGCAGCAGCAGAAGCGGAUGGCACAGGUACAUGCACUCGUUUGGAUGAGACAGCGAAACAAAAUGACAAACAUCAAGACUCGAGAGCUCUUUGUUACGAGCCUCCUCGUUUUCCAAGUCUAGAUGUUCCUUUUUUCAGCUGUGAUCUCAUACAGUCUGGAAGUGAAAUGCAGGAGUACAGCCCACUCGGUAUCCGUCAGUUGAUGAUGUCUUCUCUAAACUCUGUUACUCCAUUCAGAUUAUGGGAUUCACCAUCUCAUGAUACUAGUCCGGAUGCCGUACUGAAAAGCGCUGCCAAAACUUUUGCCAGUACUCCAUCUAUUUUGAAAAAACGACACCGCGAUUUAAUGUCUCCUCUUUCUGAAAGAAGAACUGACAAAAAGCUUGAAACCGAUGUGACAUCCAGUUUGACCGAAAACUUUUCACGCUUGGAUGUUGUGUUCGAUAAUGGGUCUGUUAAAGCUUCUAUAUUAUCUCCAUCUAACCUAAAGAAAAGUAUUGAAGAUCCUGCUGAAGAUAAAGAAAAUAUGCAUUGUACCUUUGAAGAUAGCAAUGAAUCUCUCGAUGUCAUGAUUCCAGAGAAUGGUUUUCCGAAAAGUUGUUCCCAAGACUAUACAAAACAAGGGACUGCUGAUACCGAGAUGAUAAGCGUCCAAUCCACAUCUGAAAUUGUACCUCCUGGAGUCCUGGCUGAACAUGAUGCCAAUGACUUGCUACUCCAUUCUGUUGAUCAAAAAGCUCUCAAUUCAAGUACAAGAAUUAAGAAACGACACUGUCUGAGCAAAUUGGAAGAUGCAUCAAAUGCUGACGAUGCAAAGCAGAUAGAUACUACUCGACCACAGACUACGGCCGCCGGAAUUGCUUCAGUACCUGGAGCUGGUGAAACUCCAUUCAAGAGAAGUAUUGAAUCCCCUUCAGCAUGGAUGUCUCCUUGGUUUUUCAAUUCUUUCCUACCUGGCCCGAGGAUCGAUACUGAAAUAUCGAUCGAGGACAUUGGAUACUUUUCGAGCCCGAAGGAAAGAAGCCUUGAUGCAAUUGGGUUAAUGAAACAAGUAAGCGAGAGAACGGCAGCAGCAUGUGCCAACGCCCAUGAAGUGUUGGGAAAUGAAACUCCAGACACACUUCUAAAGGGAACGCGUAUGAAACAUCUUCAUUGUGAUGAAACUAUUCUGGCGGAGUGUCGGGUGUUGGACUUCAGCGAAUGUGGCUCUCCAGGAAAGGUAGGGACAUAGUAGCGUGAAAACAACAGGAGAGACCACUCUACAUGCAUAGUCCGUGUCCCCCUUCCUAUCUUCUCAACGGCUGCACGUAACAAAUCUAUCUGGCUCUGCCACCGUCCACCAAUUCAACUCCUUCACGUAACGUGUUCAUUCAUCGCACUAGAAGAAAAAGGCAAAAAAAAAAAAAAAAAGGAAGAAGAAAUUGUAUGUGUUUGUACCUGUAAUUCUAGAUUAUCGGUCACUUCAAAACUUGAAUAUAAAGUGAAAAGAACAAAGAAGCCUUUCUUUCAGGGCAUAUGAGCGCCGAUAAAUUCAAAUGUUACGAAACUUGUUUUUAA